UGCUGGUUAGGCAAAUUCUUUCUUUUUAUUCAAUUUCACAGAGAUUACAGUUUUGAUCUUAUUCACUGUGUUACAUUUCAAUCUAUUUACCGCUGGCAGCUUUGAAGUUGGAAGGAGAAUUUAAAGCGAGGCAGGUAUAGGCUAACAAGGCCUCGCUAAGCCUGUGACAAAAAAGACACAGAGACGCGUUCUGUCUCUCCUGAUCCACAGGGACCGGGAAAGUAGGCCAGGCUCGGUGUCAGACUGCUGCGAGGAUCAGGACGCCAAAGUUGUUGACUUGUGAUCAAAGUUCCUUUUCACACUUUGGAUGUCAAGAAUCUCACAGAGAGAGAGAGAGAGAGUGAGAGAGAGAUUUAAAAUAUUCCUCACACACACACAUGUAGGUUGUAUUUUUAGCAGUGAGGCUUUCCAGAUGAACACUGCGUCACAUAGUGUCAUCCAUAAGCAGCCAGCCUUUUAAUAAAUCAUCUUUUCUGGUGAUGGAAGUUGAACUAUUCACCCCGCCUACCCCAUCACAGACACACAAACACAGACACUUGAAAGAAAGAAGAAAAUCCUAUAGGAGGACUAAUAAGCAUGAGACACUGAUAUUGUAAACUCACUACUACAGACACACGAGUCACUACAGGGAUGUUAUGGUGAUGCAACUGGAGACAACAUUUCUAAUUUUAAAAUGUCAACUCCAGUCCCUAAUGUUAGGAGCAGGGAAUAUUAACAGGGGCAUUAAAUGCAAAUAUGGGAGGAUGAAUAUCUGCUUAGACUCAGAUGUAUUUUGCGCCCUGUGCAGAAGCUCCAUCGUUUCAGUCUCCUCUCAUCUUGUGGAAAUUGGCUCGUUCUUGCACAAACUCUUGCAGAGAAGACAGCCACUCAUCAUUUCUAAGUGAUUAGGCCAAUAAACCCUCCUCCUGCCCUGGGUUAAUAGACAGCCAUUUGACUAAUUUGCAAUUAGGAAGCUCUUUGUAUGUUGACAAACUGUGUUAUCAGGCUCCAGCGCGCAGAUGACCCUGAGAGAGACAGAGGCACCAAAACAGCCAGGAGACACUGGGGUCUCGUCACGUGUUGUUUGCCCCCCCCCUCGGAGUCCUGUCUGACUCCAUCCUGAGUUAUAAUCAGACGGCGAAUCACGGGAUCCCGUGCAGCCCAGCAUGCCGACGCGCGCCGUGCAAGCGCACACCCAGUCCGGCGGUGCCUGGGAUUGGGUGGAGGGAGUGGUGGCUGCGGACGGAGUCUCAGGAUUGGUAGAGUUCACCGCCAAACUUGUUGACUCAUAACUGAGCAGCUCCUCUCCAUCCUUCACGGCGCGGAGCUGUCCAGGGCCAGUGGUGCUGAAACUGCCACCUCCCGACGCGCCGUUGGAAUAAUUUCGUCCAUCCCCCCCCCCCCUCUCCGGGUUUCAUUGCUCUCAUCGAGCCUCUGAAAGUUAUAUGCUCUUGAGUGACACUUCCAGGCGUCUGGUUUAAGCGUCACUUGACGGAUUUCCAUCCGCCGUCGCCGCUCUAUCCAAGAGCGCAUCAAGCCUUCAACUUCUCGGCCCGAUCAAACAGAGGACUCUCCGAACCGCAGCCAUGGCUUUCAUGGUAAAACACGUGGUGGGAGGACAGCUGAAGAACCUGACAGGCGGACUGACGGAGGAGAAAACCGAAGGGGAGAAAUCAGAAGCCGCCGCGCAGGGGAUGACUCAAGAGGAAUUUGAACAAUAUCAGCAACAGUUAGAGGAGGAAAAACAAGAACGAGAAGCUCAUUUUGCCCAGAAGAAAGCCGAGAGGGCUACAGUUAGAAGUCAUUUCCGGGACAAGUACCGAUUACCAAAGAAUGAGCUCGACGAGACCCAGAUCCAACAGGCGGGGAACGACGUGGAGCUGCCCACAGAGCUGGCCAAGAUGAUUGCCGAAGACAACCAGGAGGAAGCGCACAAGCAGUCAGUGCUGGGCCAGCUGUCCAACAUCCAGAACGUGGACAUCGACCAGCUGAAAGACAAAGCCCAGGCCACACUGGAAGACCUCAAAAAGCAGACGGAGAACUGCAGUCUCAUGUGAUUUGGCCAACUCUGUAUCCCAGAGGAUUAGAGUUGUACUUGUACAAAUAUUUUUCAGAGGCAGAGCCGCUCUAGAGAUAGAAAUAUUCUUGUUGCUUCAGUGGAAUGUCAGUUGGCAGAGCCACAUAAUAACAGUUUUUCUAGCGGUGCAAAGUUAGACAGACGCCCUGCGGAAAAGAGAGAAAGGAUGAGGAAGCUGAUAUGUUGAAAUCUGGGGCUCAUAUUACUCACUGGAAAUAAAAAUAGUAUCGUUUAGGCAAACUAGUUUGGUGAGUUUUCCUUCAGUUGAUCUUCAGAUACCGUAGAAGUCAUGAAUGUCAUUCGUAUUUUUAUUGAAAUUAGCUGAGUUGCACUCUGAAAGACUGCGGUUCUUUGGCUCCUCCCAUUGAUUUUGACCAAUGAGAUGAUUUCUGCAUUUAGACCAGUUCCUCCUCUGAGAAAACUUUGUCCAGUGUGUAUCAGAUCCCUUCAUUCCCUGACCUCCCUCGCUCUCUGUACCUCAUGUGACCAGUGAUAGCACAAUAUGAUCCUGCAGCAGAGGUCUCAGGUGUGUGUGUGUGUGUGUGCAGGGUCUUAUUGCUUCCAAACACACAGCAGCUAAUUUCACUGAUGAAUAUGUGUGUCUUCAACAGGAGAGAACACUCAUCAGGAAAAUCAGCUGAACACACGUACGCCAGGCUGACACUGGCUCAUAUGAGGAGGUCAUAUGUGUGUUAUGUUGAAUUUAUGGAAUUUGGUCAUUUAUUUUAGGAUAAAUAAAAUGAAAGAGCCAUUUGAGGGGCUGUUUAUAGUCCACGUAUAAAAGCACAAAAUCUUGAAAUGGGCAAUAUUCAUUUAGAGCAGGAAAUGAGGCUGAACUUUGUCGUAAGUAGCUUACUAAUGUUGGCACCCUGGUGCCCUGAUGAAAACUCCCUGCGAGCUGCAUUAGUCUUAGUGUUAAUCAUUUCCUAAACAUAUCAUUGCAAAGGCUUUUUCAGCUUUUUCCAUACUUCAGUGUGCCUUGGACGUCCGUACAAGGUUGUCUUCUUUUAAGCUCCAAGAUCAGUAAGCUACUUUUUGCAAAACCAGCCACUCUUGUUUUCUCUUGUUUUGUUUUGUUUUUUUUUAAAGUAAACUUAAAAGCAACAAAUAACUUGUAAGCAGACAUAUAUGAUGUCUUACAGGCAGGACCGAUUUGCUGCAUUUUGAAAGCUGUAAGUAACUACAGUAAAGCAUGUACAAUAACUGUGUUCCCAAAUUUAACCUAGCAUCAGUAUCAGCUACAUAGGGAGUAAAUCUGUUUUUGUGCUGCAUUCCAGAUGUUAAAAAACGACAGCUGCUCAGAUGAGUGAAAUGUAAAUGCUUUAGAAAUUGUAUGCCAAAGCCUUUGGUGAAAACACUCGAACCAACAUAAAGGAAAUGGCAUAAAUAUGUCAAACUGUGUAAGUGAAGUGUGUGUUUAAAUCCAACUACGGAGUCCACAUACAAACAUUUAUGUUGUAUAAGAUGUAAAUGUAUCUCCUGUUUGCCUAUAACGUCAACAUCGGCGGGUCAUCGUUCACUCCGUUUUUCAUCAGCUUGCUGGGGUCUCAUAGUGUUGUCAACUGUCACAUGACCUUUGACCUGUCCUCCAUCUGACUGUGGUGCUGUUUUGUGCUGGUGGAUUUUGUGUUGUUUAGACGACGUGAUUAUGUCAAGUGGUGUCUUUGUAAAAAAAAAAAAAAAAAACCUGGUCCUGUGGCUGAGAGUGCUGGUCGCAGCACACGGUCACUGUGAGCUUACUGCGGUAUCCUGUCUCUGCUGUUUCCUAGCCAAACGUACAUGAAGGCGUGGGCGAAUUAAAGGAGGGUGUUGUUGAUGUUGUGUUACAUUCAUAUACACUACAUUUUGCCAGUGUUUGAGUUUAUGUAGCAGUGGUGCUGAGGGUGAUGUCAGCUUUGAUCUCUCAUCUGUCCACACUUUGGUUCUUGUUAUGGUUCAACUGCCAAAAAACAACAAAAAGAAAAAAAAAAGAUUAUAAAAGGUUUACUUUUACAUAUUAAUUACUUACAUAUUUUAUUUUAGAGGAAAUGUGGGCAACAACGUAUUGCCUGUUUUCUCUAAAAUUUGUGGUAAUUUCCUUUUUGCCACGCUACUGCUGAAUGAAAACCAAGGCAACAUUUAGACAUUUACAGUACAGUGGUUAUUGUCAUGUGAUAGAUGAACAGUAUAUUCGUAACAUUUCAAUAAUAUGAAGCAGAGGAAAAGUUGCAAUAAGUCCUUUUAUAAUAAAGUUAUCUGCCAUGUUUGAUUAUAAAACAAUAUUAAUGGGUGGAGCAGAAGCCAUAAAGCAAACUGUUUGCUUUGUAUGAGUGUGUAUGACUUGAAACAAUAAGUAACUCAGUAAUAAUAAUAAUAAUAAUAAUAACAUACAAAUGUAAUUUUUGUGCUGUCACCCUGUGCAGUUGUUUUAUUUUUUUCAGGCAAUGGCUGCCACGACACACACAGUUUGUUCUUGUUCUUUGGCUGGUUAUUUGUUUCAUGAUAUCUCAAUCAUUAUGUCUCUGAAAGUAUUUCAGUGAGUUUUGAGUUUUAACUGCAAUAAACUGAUUUUUAGGA